AUGGGCAUGAUUAUACUUUUUGGUCUCUGCUCCAGCAUGGGGAUCUGGUCCGGAAUAUCUCCCAUACCUGCCAGCUCAGUCUUGAUAUUAUUUCUAGUGAAACAGGCCAAAGGAUCUCUGCUGGAAAAAACAACUACUGGAUGGAACAAAUACAAACAGGAAUGUCUAAAAAUGCUACAGGGAUCAACUGUAGAUACCGGAAUACAUUGUAAUGGGACUUUUGAUCAGUUUGUUUGCUGGCCAUACUCAACCCCAGGAAAAGUAUCUGUUCCUUGUCCUUCGUAUUUGCCAUGGUUGGAAAAUGGAAGUGCAGGAAAUGUAUACAGAGUCUGCUUAGAUGAAGGAACUUGGCAAACGAAGGAAAACUCCACAGACAUUUGGCGUGACAGUUCAGAAUGUUCUGAGAAACAUAAUCUCCAAAAAACUGAAGAAGAACAUAAAUUACUUAUCACACUACAGUUGCUGUACACUAUAGGAUAUUAUUUUUCUCUCAUCUCACUUGUCUUAGCUCUCCUUAUACUUUCUUUCCUCAGAAAACUUCACUGUACAAGAAACUACAUCCAUAUGAAUUUAUUUGCAUCUUUCAUCUUGCGUGCCGCAGCCAUUCUUAUUAAAGACACUGUACUGCACAGGAUUUACUCCAAAAGACCAAAUGAUGAAACUGGAUGGAUAUUAUACCUCAGUCCUGAGAUUUUAAUCAUUUGCAGAACUGCUCAGUUUUUCAUGCACUAUUUUGUUGGAGCAAAUUAUUUUUGGCUAUUAGUGGAAGGAAUUUAUCUGCAUACGUUACUGAUUACUGCUGUGUUCUCAGAAAGAAGACUGCUACAAACAUAUAUAGUGAUAGGAUGGGCUGUUCCUAUUCUGUUUGUCGCCCCCUGGGGAAUAAGCAGAUCAAAACUGGAGAACACAGGGUGCUGGGGAACAAAUGAACACAUGGGAAUCUGGUGGAUCAUUCGAGGACCAAUGUUGUUUUCCAUUACGGUUAAUUUUGGCAUCUUCUUAAAAAUUCUGAGGAUGUUGAUUUCCAAACUAAAGGCCCAGCAAAUGAGCUUUCAUGACUACAAAUACAGACUGGCAAGAUCUACACUUGUGCUGAUUCCAUUGCUGGGGAUCCAUGAGUUUAUAUUUUCCUUCAUCACUGAUGAACAGGUGAAAGGAUUUCCAAGACAUGUAAGACUUUUCAUUCAGCUGACAAUGAGUUCAUUUCAUGGUUUUUUUGUGGCAGUUUUAUAUUGCUUUGCAAAUGGAGAGGUAAAAGCAGAACUCCACAAGCAGUGGUCCCGCUUCCUGCUGGCAGAACCCUUUGGUCGUAAACUCUGCUUUCUUGGGCAAAACAUCAAAUACCUCAGGAAAUGUUCACAGAAAGAGAAAAAACAGCACCUCAGCAGCAACCACUUGUGCCUGGUGGUGAGUGAGCCCUGGGGUGUAAAGCUCCAGCAGUUGCUGGCGAAGCAGAGGGCAGUUCCAUGCACAGAGCAAGGCCGUGCACUUCCAUCUCGUCUGCGGGCAAGUGUGUCAGACAGCAGCGAAGGAGAAGUGACCACUGGAGAGACAACUGUGGAGGUGGUCUUUGAAGAAAGUGAGAUCUAGAAAGAAGUCCACCAGGACAGCACCUUCCAACAGCCACAGUGUUUUGAAAGAUCAUAUUCUUCUUUCAUCUCCAGGCUCCACAGUCCUACUUCCUGCCAGCCUCAGCUGUCCCACCUCAACUGACUGAAAAAUCUGAAUGUUCCUAACCCAUGUGGCUGGGAAGGAACAGGUGCAUCAAAAAAUCCUUUGGGUUGGCCAAUAGAGAUAAUAACAUGCUGAAAGGGAUGUACACAGGGGAGCAGGAUGUAUGCUGGAAAUGAACAGACUGGUCAUUUUCUCUCCCAUCAGCUUCAUCCAUACAUGUCCUAUUCACACAAAAAAGUUGUUUGUUGU